GGCCAAUACUUUUUGAUGGCCUCAAUGUUCAGUAACCUCACAAAUUCAACAGUUACAACAAUGGGCAGAGAUGAAGUGUAUGUAGCAGCAGUGCCAUUAAGAGCCGCAAGAGGGCCUGCCCAGCUGCUUAUGUCCACUGCUUACUCUCUCAAUCUCUGGGAUUUGCAGCAUUUCAUGGUCAUCAUCAAGUCAUCUUCACCUCCCCACUCUCAGGCAUUGGUCUUUGAUUUUCAACCUAAAGAUCCUGAAGACAUAUUUGUUGCACUUGCAGCCCUAUCUGGCAACAACAUACCAGGAGCUGUUCUUACAAGAAAGCUUAAGAAGCUUCCAAAAACUAAAUGCUGGUUCAUUGGAUCUACAAAUGUGGAUGCUCUAGUUGCAACAUUGAAGUUCAAUCAAAGCUGGGAAACUGAUUUGAGAAUUGGCCAUCACGACUGUCGAGACUAUACAAAUGGAUUGGUUGAAUAUCUGACUGGCAAGAGAUAUGUGUUGGAAAAUCUGAGAAGAAGUGAUCGUAGUUUCAACUAAGCCUCAGUGAAACGCUUCGUUUAGAGCAGUUACACAGGGUGGUGAAGCGGUUGACGCAUAUUUGGCUACUGGGUGAAUCUGCAACUCUGCCUGCAACAUCCAUUAUUGGAGCUCGACAUAUGGGGCAUUCUCCACUAUUCGAUUGCAAAUCAUUAGCGCACUUUUGUCCACAUCUGAGAGACAAAGCAGCCAUAACUCAUAAAAUCAGCAUUAUAGAACACUAUAGUGGUUCAAACUAAAUGGAUUUUACAUUGCAAAGCUUAGCUUCAAGCCAUCAAUGGAAAGUACCUGUAGAAAAGGGAAUUGACUUGCAUCUGAUAGCAAAUACAACAGUUUCCUUGCCUGGCAACCCUAUUCAGCAACUGUCUUCCUUCCCUUUGUGCUGUUGAGACAAAUUGUAAGUAUAAUCUUGGUUGAGAGAGAAAAAAAGGAAAGAGAGGGGGGGGGGGAAAGAAGGUUUUAA